AUGCCCAUCAAUGUUGAUGAUGUGAUGCAACUGUUCUGCCAUCUCUCUCAGGAGAAGGGGAUGAAAGCUGCUGUCAAACACUCUGGUCGAGGAGCACUGCUGGCGGGUGCAACAGCAUUCAUUGGGGGUCUAGUGGGAGGUCCGCCUGGAAUCGCUGUAGGAGGAGCAUUUGGUGGAUUGCUUGGUGCCUGGAUGACAAGUGGACAGUUCAGGCCGGUCCCUCAGAUUUUACUGGAAUUGCCUCCUGCUGAGCAGCAGAAACUCUAUGAUGAAGCCAUUGUUAUUCUCAGGCGCUUAGACUGGACUGAUAUUGCUCAGCUGACUGCUCUUGUAAUGGGAAAUGCUAGUCUCCAGCAGAAGUUGACAGCAGUGCUAAUAAAUUACCUCUCCAAAGAGCUAAGAGCAGAGAUACAAUAUGGAGAAUAA